CCUCUGGGCUGCCAUGACAACGAGCCAGCUCCCUGCGCACAGCUGCUGCUCGGGCGGGUCCCAGGCUGGACCGCGGGCCCCGGCCUGGGGGCUACAAUUGCCACUUCCACCGCCGCCGCCACCUCAUCUCCUUCCCGUUCCCGCCCCGCGUCCACUCGCUUCACUCGGGCCUGCGGCCGGGGUCUUACCCGGCGUCCCACCCCGCGCGGAUGCCUAAGGUGAAGGCGCUGCAGUGCGCCCUGGCGCUGGAGAUCCGCUCUGUAACUUGUCCAGGAGUGGUGCUGAAAGACAAGGAGGACAUCUAUCUUAGCAUCUGUGUGUUUGGCCAAUACAAAAAGACACAAUGUGUCCCAGCCAUUUUUCCACUGAUCUUCAAUACCAGAAUGGUGUUUGAAAAGGUGUUCCCUGAAGCAGUAGACCCUGGAGAUGUGGUUUCACAGCUUGAAUAUGAUACAGCAUUGCUUGAGUUGAUUCAACUAGUUCCACCAGGGGGUGAAACACUGUCUACAUAUGAUGAAAAUACACGAGAUUUCAUGUUCCCAGGUCCAAACCAAAUUUCUGGGCACCAUGACUCAAACCGCCAGGUUACCAUGAGGAGGAUUUCUGGCCUUCGAGGAAUUGCUCCAAAGCUGGAAUUUUCUACGACCUCAGUGAUUACUGAAUGUCUGAUAAGUUCAAGGAAGUGCUGCACUCAGGAUAAAUUUAUUUACCAUACAGCUCGAGAUGAAAAAUCACACAGCAGACUGCAAAGCAGAACAUCAAGAUCACAAAAGAAAAAAUCCAAGUCACCUGAGAGAAAUAAAUAUUGCAUAAAUGCAAAAAACUACGAACAGCCUACAAUAUCUUCAAAAUCACACUCUCCGUCUCCCUACACAAAAAGACGCAUGUGUGAACUAUCUGAAGACACCAGGCAGCGGCUGGCCCAUUUAAAUCUGGGACCCUAUGAAUUCAAAAAAGAAACAGAUAAACCUCCAUUUGUGAUUAGACAUGUCGAUCCUCCAAGUCCCAGAACUGAUGCUUUAUUUGGAUCUUCUGGCAGAGACUGUGAAAGAGAUGGAUGGUCUAGGAUGCACAAUGAUCAUUCUCAUCUUGGCUGCUACCAACUGAAGGAUUAUAAGGUUAUCAGGACACCACAUGGGAGAGACUUUGAUGAGUCUUUGGAAAGGUGUGAUGAGUAUUUGAGCUCAAGGUCAUGUAGCAAGCCCCAGCACUCAGCAAGGACCUUACUAGUCCAUUCAGCACCUUCAACAAUGCCGAAGCAUUCACCAAGUCCUGUGUUAAAUAGAGCUUCUCUCAGGGAAAGAUUCCAUUCUGAUUUGUGUUCAUCUUCAAACUGUGAUGAGAUCCAUGACCGGGUAAAAAAUGUCUUGAAAUCACAUCAGGCUCAUCAAAGACAUUUAUAUACUCCUGUAAACUGUCUACCAGAUCAAGAAACAAAAGAUGAUCAGCUCUGCAGCAGCCCUUCCUCCUAUGUCCUCCCAGUGACUGCCUCUCCAAGGGAUGAGAAAGACCUAGAGAAAGAUGAUGAACUGGAAUUGAAAAGAGAUUUUUUAUACAGAGACUCUGCCUACGACAGUGACCCAGAGUAUAGCUUAUUUCAGCAGCCACGUGGUACUCUCCAUUUUGAUGAUGGCGAAUACUGGUCCAACAGGGCAGCCUCUUAUAAAGGAAAAUCCCACCGACCCAUCUUUGAGAACAGCAUGGACAAGAUAUAUAGGAACUUAUACAAAAAGGCCUGUGGUUCUGUUUCUCAUACACAGGAAAGCUUCUGAGACCAUCCACAAUAAACUGUAUGAAUGCUCAUGUUACCUUCUCAAUGAAAAUGUUUGAUGUGAUCAAUAUACCUGUAUUCCUUUAUUUCAUCAGGUGGUUCUAACUGAGUACAGUAGUUAGACUUGAAUAGGUUCAUUACUUCAAAGGGUAAAUUAUCAUAGGGAAGCCUUUUUUUCUGUAUCACAGAAGAGAGUGCUGUGUUUCAAAAGUCAAAGCGGUGCAAUGCAAUCACAGCUUCCAAUCUGAUGACGAGGAAGAAUAUCUAUCUCCAAGUCCAAGAAUACUCUCUCUAGAAAUAUUCUUCUGCCUUAGUCACCUUGUAAUUUUCUUUCUUUCUACUUGACUAGUUAUCUUGCAUAAGAUUUAAUGAAUAUUAAUUUCUUUUUCUACGAAAUGAGCAGAAAGAUGUAUUGUACUGAAAUGAAUUUCCCAAGAGCUUAAACCCUGCUUUAACUAAUAUUUUCUACCUUUCACCCCACCACAGAAAAGACUACUUGUAUUUCUUAACUAAUAAGAUGUAGCUUUCUUUUUAAAGUUUGUCUAAUCAUUCACUCUUUCUUCUCUAAACUACCUAAGUUUCCUUCAAUGCAUAACAAUUACCUAGAAACAACAGUGCCAUGUGUGACCCAAAAUGUGAAUUUCUGACUUUUAGAGGCAGAAUCCUUUGCAUGAUUUUCUGUAAGGGCAUAUCUUUUGGUGCAGCCAAAAUAAAAAAAAUACUCUCUGUUAGUAAGGAUGUAGAAACUCAGAAAAAAUAAAGGAAUUAUAUUUACUUUAACCACUUUAGAGUUUUCAAAGGCACCGAAUGGCCCAAGACAGUAGUAGUCUUACUUUAAAGGACACUUGGAACCAUAAAGGGGAGUAAAAUAUCAUAGCAAAAUUCUGUACUGAAAAGCCUGUUGUUCCUACCCCCCCACCAAACGUACAUCUGUAAAGCCAGCAAUGCUUUGAAGAUAUGAAGAAACCAGUUACCUCCUAUUUACCAGAGAGUGAGUGGAAAGAAUACAAAUAAUAGGACAUGAAUGAACUUGGCUUAUAGACCUGGAGAGUUGACUACAAGAUAAUGUUUUUCAGUGACUCCAAUUUUGAAUUCUACUGUUACAAUUUUUUUUAAAACUGACUUGGACUCCAUUAAAAUUAAAGUUAACAUGUAAAAUUGGAUAACUUAUUUUAGGAGAAAAUACAUUAAUACUUGUUAUCUAAUAAUAGGAUUUUUAAACUUCAUGUUAAGUGUAUUUUAGUAUGGCCAUCUGUGAUACAUUGGAAAGCACAUCAGAGAUGGGGGCCAGAGUCCUAGGCUUUCGUCCCAUCUCUGCCAUUUUCUGGCUGAGUCUCUUUAAUUCUCUGAUCCUCAGUUUCCUUAGUUAUCAAAUGAAGAGAAUAUAGUAGAUUAGCAUUUCCUGAGCAAUGUUCUGUGAACCACUGCUCUAGAAAUGGCUAUAGGAAUGUAGAUACAAGGAUUUCAUUGGUCGUUAAAGUUUAGGCACAUCUGUGCACUAUAUUCACCCCUGAGAGAGUCAUAGGUGGGAUGAGAACAAUGAAAGGGGGUGCUACUGAUGCUGAAACAACAGUUAUAAACUGGAGCUCUCAAAGCAAAUUGGGACAUGCGCUCCUUAGAGUCAGAAUGAACACUAGCAUGUUAGAGCCUCUAAGAAAUCCCAGCAUAAACCUGUUUUGUUCUAGCAUCUAGUAGAGUCUGAUACAGGUUGGUGCUUGUUAGGUAUUUUUUGAGUUAACCCAGAAUUUCCUAAACUAAGUUGAGUGUGUAACAGUAUUUGCUUUUAUGGCCACUUCUUCCCUCCCAUUCUGCUCCCUUCAACUACCCACACUCCCUGUCAAACACUAUCCUAAGGUACAUGUGGACAUCAGUUGUGGAUAUGGUGGACUAAAGCAUCACUGAAUUAACCUCUGACUGUGAGUUAUAUAAUGAUGUUUUGUACAAUAAGCUUUUGAAGAUCAACAUUUAAUAAUGAUUUUUUUUAAUUCUCAGUGACACUUAUGUUUUAUGUUUUGUUUUUGCUUUUUUUUGGUUGUGUGUUUGUCUAAUCAAAUGAAAAAUUCCUCCAUUUAAAACUUGCUGCUUGGUGAAAAGAACAAAUUUGAACUUCAAAGAAAACCUUUGCUACCAUAGAAAAUCUCCUGAGUAAGUAGCACAGACAUUACCUAGUGCACCUGAAUCUGCCAUUGACUAUGACAAAGGCAACAAAAAAUGGGUCUCAAAGGGGAAUUUAAGAAAAUGAUAUUCUGAAAGACGUUGUCCUGUGGAUUAAAUCUGACAUCUCUCUGAAGGAUCAGGUACAAAUUUCCAGAUACAUAGCAUCUUUGCUAAGAGUCUGUCUCUAUCCUCUAAAUGAAGGAGUGGUCUUUGUUGCUAUCUUUAACUAUUACUGGGAAUUCUUAUGUUGUAUUAUCUUUAAAACCUUUAAGAACUAAUAGUUGUGUUUUCACAUCGAAAGAAACAGGAAGGUGCAGUUUAUUUUCUUAACCUUUUCUCUGUAUUUCCUACAAUCUAGUAACAGUUAUUCCGACUUCAAAAGACAAAUGGAUCUUACUUUCCUUUUAAUGUAUUUUUUUCUUUCAAUAAAAAGAACAGUUUUAGUAAGGAAAAUGUCAGUUCAGCUAA